UCCCAAAGUUUCUAUUUUCUACUUUGGAAAAAUUCGAAGGGGGAAAACUAAUCACCAAGUAGGCUGUAAACAAAGCACAAUAUAUAGCUGUUCAUGUCAACCAAGAACCAACCCUUACUUAGUCUCCUUGUGUCUAAAACAAAUUCCCUGCAGCUAUUAUUGGUUCGUUGCCAGAUAAGCAAUGACGAUACAGCAUCAAAGGUCAGACUUCAGAGAAGAUUAUUUUAAGGGAGAACUAUCGCAUAGAGCUGUUAGCCAGCAUAUCCUGAUGAAGGGAUAUCACUUCGUCCUGCCGCAUCUGCAUAGUCAGAACUCACAACUCAUCAGAGGUCAUUCCUGUUACCUUGUAUCAAUGGCAUCUCCAGUGACCAGCAGCGACAAGGAGCAGGUCAUCAUCCCUACCAUCGACGCUGACCAGGCGCAUGCGUUGUUGAGCUCUGGCCAUGGCUAUGUGGAUGUCAGGAUGCGGGAGGACUUCGACAAGGCGCAUGCACCCGGUGCUCGGAAUGUUCCCUACUACCUGUCAGUCACGCCGGAAGGGAAGGAGAAAAAUCCACACUUUGUAGAGGAAGUGGCUGCGCUCUGUGGGAAGGAUGAUGUCUUCAUUGUGGCUUGCAACACGGGGAACAGAUCCAGGUUUGCGACCGCAGACCUUGUAAACGCGGGGUUCAAGAACGUGAGGAACCUGCAAGGUGGCUACCGCUCCUUUCUCCAGAGUGCAAAUCAGCAGCGACCUCAACAGCAGUAACCAUCACUGGAUAAUUGAGCUUGCACUUGCACUCCCUGAAAGUGUCUUUUCGUGCUAUAAUCACGGAUGUCGAUAGCAAGGAAAACCUCUAGUUCAGCGCUGGAGAACCUCCUUCCAAACGUGCUGUAACGAUCUGUAACUCAUUUGCCUCUUUCUUGUUUGUUUCUCCUCUGUUCCAUUCCCGGUGUGCCAGGGAUUUAUUGCUGUAAUCUGUGCUCUGUUCCAGUUCCUCUGUUCGGUUGAACCAUACAUCUGUCAUGUAUGAACUUUCAUGAAGUACUCCAGGAAAUGUUUAAGGUGCUACAUAUAUUUUACAAGGUA